CAUUCGACACUCCCUCUUCAACUACCUAAAGCAGACCACCAUUUCUUUUUUAUCCUUCUGUAACGGUUACUUCUCAGCCUCCAAAACCUCCAUUACUUGUAUAAAACACCACUACUUCUCCUCCCUCUCCUCUGAGAAUCCCACAACCAAACCAAACCAAACCCGAAGACCCCACCUUUUUUCUUUACCUUCUGAAUCUCUCUAACCAUGAAGAGACAAAAGACCUUAGAAACCAACGCCAACAACAGCAACCUGUUUGAUCUCUUGUCUGAAGAGAUAGUUUUUACAAUCUUAGACUUCAUCGACACAAACUCUUUAGACAGAAAGUCUUUUUCUUUAGUUUGCAAGUCAUUUUACAUUACAGAAUCAAAACACCGCAAAAAUCUUAAGCCUUUAAGACAAGAACUCCUUCCAAGAGUCCUUAACAGAUACCCACAUGUAAACCAUCUUGAUCUUUCUUUAUGUCCACGUAUAAAUGACAAUUCUUUGAAUGUAAUAUCAAACACCUGCAAAGAUUCAUUGAAUUCUAUUGAUCUUUCAAGGUCAAGGUUCUUUUCUUAUAAUGGGUUGAUGAGUUUGGCUUCGAAUUGUAAGAAUUUGGUGAGUAUUGACUUGUCUAAUGCCACUGAGUUGAGAGAUGCUGCGGCGGCUGCGGUGGCGGAAGUUAAGAAUUUGGAGAGGUUGUGGUUGGGGAGGUGUAAGUUGAUUACUGAUAUGGGAAUUGGAUGCAUUGCUGUUGGUUGCAAGAAGUUGAGGUUGAUUAGCUUGAAGUGGUGUAUAGGUGUUAGUGAUUUAGGUGUUGGUUUAAUUGCUGUUAAGUGCAAGGAGAUUAGAAGUUUGGAUCUUUCUUACUUGCCCAUUACAAAUAAAUGCUUACCGUCCAUUUUGAAACUACAACAUCUUGAAGAUAUAGUUCUAGAAGGAUGCUUUGGUAUAGAUGAUGAUAGCCUUGCUGCUCUCAAACAUGGCUGCAAGUCCAUGAAGGCACUCGAUAUAUCAAGUUGUCAGCACAUCAGUCAUGUUGGCCUGUCUUCCUUAAUAAGUGGCGCUGGAAGCCUACAGCAACUCACCCUGUCAUAUAGCUGUCCUGUCACCCUAGCUCUGGCUAAUAGUUUGAAAAGGCUUUCCAUGUUGCAAUCUGUCAAGCUAGAUGGUUGUGCGGUUACCUCUGCUGGACUGACAGCCAUUGGCAAUUGGUGCAUAACACUAAGUGAGCUGAGCCUGAGUAAAUGUGUAGGAGUGACAGAUGAAGGUCUCUCUUCUCUUGUAACAAAGCACAAAGACUUGAAGAAGCUAGAUAUAACAUGCUGUCGGAAGAUAACUGAUGUUUCUAUCGCCUACAUCACAAAUUCAUGCACCAAUCUCACUUCCCUGAGAAUGGAGUCAUGUACCUUAGUUCCUAGUGAAGCAUUUGUCUUGAUUGGACAGCGAUGUCAGUUUCUUGAAGAGCUUGAUUUAACAGAUAAUGAGAUUGAUGAUGAAGGUCUGAAGUCCAUUUCUAGAUGUUCUAAACUCUCCAGCUUAAAAUUAGGAAUUUGCCUAAACAUAAGUGACGAGGGGCUUUCACAUGUUGGCAUGAAGUGCUCAAAACUUACUGAGCUUGAUUUGUACAGGUCUGCUGGAAUAACAGAUUUGGGCAUUCUGGCAAUUUCUCGAGGUUGCCCUGGGCUUGAGAUGAUCAAUAUGUCAUAUUGUAUUGACAUUACUGAUAGUUCCUUACUAUCACUUUCAAAAUGCUCAAGGUUAAACACAUUCGAAAGUCGAGGGUGCCCUCUUAUCACAUCUCUAGGUCUUGCAGCCAUUGCUGUGGGGUGCAAGCAGCUCAUUAAGCUAGACAUAAAGAAGUGUCACAACAUUGGUGAUGCUGCAAUGCUUCCACUUGCACACUUCUCUCAGAACCUCAGACAGAUUACUUUAUCAUAUAGCUUAGUUACUGAUGUGGGGCUCUUGGCCCUUGCCAGCAUCAGCUGCCUGCAGAGCAUGACGGUCCUGCACUUGAAGGGCUUGACUCCAAGUGGAUUGGCAGCUGCCUUGUUGGCAUGUGGAGGCUUAACAAAAGUGAAGCUCCAUUUGUCUUUUAAAUCAUUGCUUCCACUGCCUCUUUUUGAACAUUUGGAAGCACGUGGUUGUGUGUUUGAGUGGAGAGAUAAAGAGUUUCAGGCUGAAUUAGAUCCGAAGUGUUACAAGUUACAGUGGGAAGAUAUAGCUCAAUAGAGAUUGAGGGUUGUGUUCUCUGGGGAGGAUAAGUUCUCUUGCCAGCAAAUGUAGAAUCUAAGCUAAGGCGUGGUUCAUACUUCGUAUAGAAAGGAGGAAUCAAGUUGAGAAGGCGGCAAAGUGUCAUACUUCAUAUAGCAAAUAGGAAUUCUGGGCUCAUGUUCAAGUUUUGAUGCAGCUAGUAAUCAUGUUUUAGCCUUCCUUCCUUAAUUGUAUUAUACAAGACAAGGUAAAAUCAUGAUGGCCUAAUGGUCUGUUAGCUGGAUAGCUUGGAAGCAAGAAGUGACUUUGUAGCGUGUAGACAUGGAACCAAAAAAAUAAAAGCAAUGUUCCUCAA